CAUUAUCAUUUUUUUUUUUUACAGAUUAACAAAGGAAAAGUUUUCAUAUGAAAAAGAGGCUAUAAUGCUAGAAAAAAAAGUAGAGAAGAUGGCAGCUGAUGGGAAGGAUGAAUAUGAUAUCAGGAAACAGAAGGAAGUUUUGGAAGAAAGCCAGAAAAUGGUUCCAGAUACACAGAGGAGAUUGAAGAAGGGUUUAGAAGAUUUAGAAUCCUACAUGAAAGAAGUUGAGGACCUGAAGGACACAGAAAAAUACAAUGAAGCAAUGGAAGUGUAUGAUGCAGGUGUCAAAGCUAAGGAAUAAACAAACAGUGUGAGGAAGUGGGUCGAACCAACAACUUCUCUGUAAUAGACUCACAUUCUCUGUUUAAAUAGAUUUUCAUAUAAUUCAUGGUUUGAUUGCAUUGGGUGUGAUAUGGACCAGAAAUGACUAAGACUGCCAUACAUAGGUAUCAGGUAUUUAAAUUAACUAUACAAUAACGUACAAGGCAAAAUGAUAGAUCUAUGAUAUUCAUUUGUGCAUUGAGGCAGAUUCCAGCCUAGUUAUGUAUCGGAGGGCUGUAACAUCUGUACAGCCUAGUUAUGUAUCGGAGGGUUGUAACAUCUGUACAGCCUAGUUAUGUAUCGGAGGGCUGUAACAUCUGUACAGCCUAGUUAUGUAUCGGAGGGUUG